AUGGCUCCACAACAGCUCUGUGCAGACUUCCUGGGAAUUCUCCUCCUGCUGACCCAUUCUCUUUCUGAGAAAUUCUCCCUGUCUGGAUCACCCUACCCUGUUGUAGGGAUUGUUGGCCAGGAUGUGGUGUUACCCUGCCAGCUGUCGCCCAGGACUUGGCCUGUAGACACGGAAGUGCUGUGGUCAAAAAUUGAAGGGAUACACAGUGAAGCUGGAUAUGUAAACGUACAUCAGUACAAAAAUCAACCUAACCUGGACAUCUCAGGAGACAACUACCAGAGAAGGACAGAGAUGUUCCAGCAGGAAUUUAGGAAUGGGAAUGUAUCAUUGAAGCUCAAGAGGCUCCAUGUUACAGAUGCCGGGACAUAUAUCUGUUUUGUGAAGUCUCCUACAUGGAGUCACGAAGCCAACACUGAGCUACAGAUUGCAGCAGUAGCCCCAGUGUUCAUUGAUGUGCUGGGUCCCCAAGGUCAGGGGAUCGGGCUGGCCUGCAGAUCCACAGGGUGGUUCCCCAAACCUGAACUCCAGUGGGUUGGAAACAAAGGGAAGAAUCUGGCACUGGAGUCCAAGAUUGGAAUGACUCAGGACAAUGAAAGUCUAUAUAAUGUUCUGGGUCAUGUCACUGUCCCAGGAGGAGAGGCUCCAGCAGAGAUUAGCUGCGUAGUGCGGAAUGCCCUACUGAAGACAGAGCGAGAAUCUGCCAUUCAUCUCUCAGAUGACAUUUUCCCACGUACUUCUCCCUGGCUGGCUGCAUUCUGGAUAUCAUUUAUGCUACUUCUUCUUACUAAUGGAGCCUGGGCAUUUCGUGGAUAUAAAGAGAAGCAAAAGGUUUCUCAGAAGAAAAGGUGUGAAGAGGAUGCUCUAUUAUCUCUAGAAGCUCAGAAGAAGGAGUUGGAAUCAGAACAGCAUGAUCGAAGCAAGAGGAUUGAGAGACUGACAGUGGAAUUAGAUUUCAGGAAGGCUCGAAGCUACAUGGUUCCCAUCACUCUGGAUCCAGAUUGUAAACACCCUGCACUGAAAGUGUCUGUGGAUGGGAGAAGAGUCUGGCAUGAACCUGAAUCUCCAGAGCAGACCACCCUCUCUGGACCUCUCAUCGCAGUGGGGACGGAAGGAUUUGUGGGUGGGAGGCAGUACUGGGAGGUGGAGGUGGGGGAUGAACCAGACUGGGAGCUGGGGGUGCUGAGCAAGACUGUGAGGGACAGAGUGAUAGCAGCACAAUUAGAGAACCCCCCUGUGGAGGGGUGCUGGUCCCUGCGGAGAUCUGAGGGGCAAUAUCACCCCAGUGAGGCAAACACUAAAAUCCGGGAAUGGGAUUUAUGGCCGACAGUGAUUGGGGUUUAUCUGGAUAGAGAAGCAGGGACAGUUUCAUUUUAUAAUGUUAACGUCUUGGCUGAUAUUUUUGUGAUGCCUCUUGACAAUUCAGAGAAAGUGUAUCCAUUCCUCAGCCCUGGUCAUGAUAUGGGGAGAGACAAUGGGAAACCCCUCAGCAUAUGCUCCCUCAGAGACUGGGAUUUCCCUACAAAAUUAUCAAUGCAGACUGUUUGUCAGGAUAGAGACAACGACCCAUUUUCCCUGUCAUCCUGA